CUGCAGGAAAGUGAAGUGCCCCGUUCCGUCCUUCAGCAAGCUCAUGGUCACGUCACGUAGAUUUGGGCGGACCCAGCGCUCUGUGGGGUCCAUGACGACCCUUGUAGAGGAGGAUAAGGGUACUGCCUAAAAACAGACGCUUUUAUUGGACUCGCAGUGUUGCUAGGCGCCACGGGAUGUCCGUAAGAACGCAUCAGCACUGGAACCGAAGCUAACUAUGAACGCUAAAACAUAACGAGGGAGGAAUCUUUAGGGGAGGUGUCGGUAUUAUCCGAGAUGAGGAGAGCAUUGCCGCAGGGAGCAAAUAAUCUGAUCAACGGGCUGUGGAUUUCAUGUCCCUUACAGACAGGUUGACAUUUCUGAGAACCAGGCGUACUCGGGAUGAAGCUGCCGUCUGAUUGCUUGGUGAAAGUAGAUGUCUGAGAGACCAUUCAUUAAAAUGAUAUUUCAAGGGACAGCCGCGCGCUUUAUAGUUUUGUGACGGAUUAAACAACGUGACAGCCUCUGUCAACUACCCAGCAUGCUAUAGGCCUAUGUAAAUGCGAAGUCUGGCAGCCGACAUUCUUUAAAUGAUGCCGAACUGCGUCAGACUGUAUUGCAGGUGCAUUCAUUCAAGGAGGACCAUGCAAACGGCUGAAAGUCACAGAUGAGUUUCCAGCGAUUCAUUGGUCAUGGAAAACCUGACUGGAUCCUACUCUGAGCAGCAGCCUGUGGGCGUCACAGUUCCUUCUGUCCCCUCAAAAAAGACUGUGAUUUAUGAAAAUGGUCAUGAACAUCCCACUCACACAGACUCCGCAGCUGCUGCACACAGAGGGGCCAGUGAUCCAACUGCAUACCCCCUAUCAGAUUUCAAAAGUCUUGUCCGGCAGAGAUUUAUACGCAGAAGUUUGUGGUUCUCUGAGUCAGAGGAUCAAGAGUUUGAGGUUUCAGAGUGCUACACCACCAACAGCCCCGUUAAAAUUCCACAUAUUGCGGUCCAGAGGAGCUUUAACGAAGAGAUUCAGGUGGGACAGAGGGACGGUUUAAAUGAGAACUUCACCAACGAACCAGAGACAAUUGUUGCUGAGGAGAAACAUGAUGCUGAACCAUCUGAAACCCCCAAAAGUGUGGGGAAAGCUGGGAGUGAUGAGAACGAGGAAGAGGCCGAAAUGAAGGCCGUAUCCACCUCGCCAGGUGGACGCUUUCUUAAGUUUGAUAUUGAACUUGGCAGAGGGUCGUUUAAAACAGUUUAUAAGGGCCUGGACACUGAGACGUGGGUGGAGGUGGCCUGGUGUGAACUUCAGGAUCGUAAGCUGUCCAAAGCAGAACGUCAGAGGUUUAAAGAGGAGGCAGAGAUGCUAAAAGGUCUUCAGCAUCCAAACAUUGUGCGCUUCUAUGACUUUUGGGAAUCUCCUCUUAAGGGAAAGAAGUGCAUUGUUUUAGUCACUGAACUGAUGACGUCUGGGACACUGAAAACGUAUCUGAAGCGAUUCAAGGUGAUGAAACCAAAAGUUUUACGAAGCUGGUGCAGACAGAUCUUAAAAGGUCUUCACUUUCUCCAUACGAGGACACCUCCCAUCAUCCAUCGGGACCUGAAGUGUGACAACAUCUUCAUCACUGGUCCUACAGGCUCAGUCAAGAUUGGAGAUCUUGGCCUGGCCACUCUAAAGCGAACUUCCUUUGCCAAAAGUGUAAUCGGCACUCCAGAGUUUAUGGCCCCUGAGAUGUAUGAGGAACACUAUGAUGAAGCUGUAGAUGUGUAUGCAUUUGGGAUGUGUAUGCUAGAAAUGGCCACAUCCGAGUAUCCAUACUCAGAGUGUCAAAAUGCAGCUCAAAUCUAUCGCAAAGUUACUAGCGGUGUGAAGCCAGCCAGUUUCAGUAAGGUGGCCGUGCCUGAAAUAAAAGAAAUAAUUGGAGAGUGUAUCUGCCAUCAUUGGGAGGAAAGGUACUCCAUGAAGGACUUACUGAAUCAUGCAUUCUUUGCGGAGGAGACUGGAGUAAGAGUAGAGCUAGCUGAAGAGGAUGACGGCAAGAAGUCUUCUAUUGCUCUAAGGCUUUGGGUUGAAGAACAAAAGAAACUUAAAGGCAAUUAUAAAGACAGUGGUGCUAUCGAGUUUACAUUCGACCUGGAAACAGAAGUCCCAGAAACCGUUGCCCAGGAAAUGGUGGAUUCUGGGUUCUUUUUAGAGAUUGAUGUGAAGAUUGUGGGUAAGUCUAUCCGUGACCGUGUGUCUCUAAUAAAGUGGAGACGACAGCGGAACGCCUUAGGCCAUAAUGGAAAGACAGAAGAGAGAAGCACCAAGACUGAGACACAGAAUAUCCUUCAAGUGCCCUCCACAAGGCCACCAGUGGGUGGACCACCCAGUCUUCCAUCCGAAAGAGAGGAGCUACAGACCGAAGCAUUCAGCCUGGUCUGUAGUGCAACUACAGCUACACUAGACAGCAGUGCUGGCUCAACAAUGGUAACAGGCACUUCGGGCAACCAAGACAACACCUCUCAGCAAUCCCUCUCUGAGUCCAUUUCCACUGCACAAAGGGUCUUAAGCCCUCCAACACAGCUAUUGGAUCAGUUGCCAGAUUGUUCCCAUCAGCUAUCUACUGCACAACUGCCUCGGGGCACUCAACAACAAUCUGCUCUACAAAUGCCCCACGGUGUCCCACAACAAACCAUAGGUCAGUUACUCCAUGGGACCCAGCAACAACCUAGUUCUCAGCAACCCCAGCGAGCCCAACAACAGCCUAGUGCCCCCCAACACCAGGCUGCACAAGCACAGGCCCAUGGUUUGGUGCCACAAGCACCCCAACAACAACCCACCGUUCAGCUCCACCAGCAAUAUCAGCAGUCAACUCAUCAGCUACAUCAAGGGGCUUUUCAGCAAUCUUCGAUACACCUGCAUCAGAGAGCCUACCAGCAAUCACCUCGACAUGGAAGUGUUCCUGGUGACACCCAAAGACCUUUGCUAUUGCCUGAUAAUUUGACAGGGACCAGGCGUAGCAGCACUUCAUUCCUCGAAACAUUACAGAAGACUGAACUACAGAAUUUGUUAGAAUGGCUGCAUCAUCGGGCUUAUUGCUGUCACAACCCUGAAGUAAUUUCUAGGGAAGAAAUUGAUCAGUUGCUGUCUUCAAGUGCCUUCACAGGAUCUUCAUCAUUCACAAAUUAUGAUCAGGAAACCAAUAAUGUUUCUGAAGACACCGGAGCCUCUGAAUAUAGCUCGGAGCAUGUGAAAAUGUAUUCACAGGCCCAGCCAAUGUCAUUCAGUAGGAGGCACUCUGAUGUCCACCCACAUUACUGCCAGGCUUGUAUGGCAAAGUUGCUGGCAGGAAGGUCAGGGGAUCGAGGGUCUCUCUGUCAUGCCUCUUCACCCUCUUCCUCCCCUAUCCACCAAAACAUGCCAUCCUUUUCCUCAUUAAAACCAUCAUUCCCAUCUGAUCCGGAUCAUCCAGUCUCCAGCUCACCAAGUAAUACAAACACACAGUCUCUGUAUAUGUCUACAAUGUCUCCAAAGCGAGUUUCUGUUCCUAAGAAUAUGCCAAGUUCAAUACCAGUUGAAGUCACUCCACCUUCUCCAGUCCAUAAAAGCCAUCCUCCUGCACAGAUUCCUGUGACAACUCUACAUAACAACAUCUCAUCACUAAGCCAUACCACUGCAUUUACCCCUGUCUAUGUAUCUAUACCUUCACCAGUCCCUACAUCUUCCAGACAUAAGUCCAUAUCUUCACCAGUUGAUCCAUUGUCCCCACUUAGGUCAUCCUCUCCAGUGUCCCCUGUCUCUUUGAUUGGGCCACAUACUCCUAGUUUAGGAGAAAGCUCAGAUUUGUUUCACCUUCAUCGCUGCCUUCAUCAUAUCAUCAAUCGGCGUACCAGUUCCCCUGUGCUGACUGACAGGGUGCAGCCUGGAGAUGGCCACAGCAAUGCUAAUUUUAACAGGUUCCUUGCACCUCAGGUCCAAAGUGUAAGCUCUUUGUGUGUACCCCUAUUACAUCAGGAAAUGGGGUCUUUUUCUAUUCAGGACAAUGAAGCUGGAUCAGGUCUUGUGCCUUCUGCACAAUUGUUUUCGUCUAAGACCGUCUCUGCUCCAGCUACUCCUGUGCCACAUGCUCAUCAACAGAGCAUUCCGUCCUCUGCCCUCAUAGCACAGCAAAACCAGAAGACUGAACCACUAGCACAGGAGUUUCAUCUCUAUUUCCAUCCUGAAGCUUUCCUGCCUCAGACAUUAUCAACAUUUCAGCCCCAAGUGCAGGCAUAUUCAGAUGCUCAGACUAUAACACAGCAUUUGCUACAGUCAGCUUCUACAAUGUUCAGCACUGCUACCCUUUCUCCACGACCACAGCUAAAUGUUCAGACACCCAUUCUCCAGCCUCUUCAAAUUGCUACACAGUUUCCAUCGACAUAUCCUCUUUUGCCAGAAGGGGGCACAUCUGCAGUGACAGAGUCAAUACCUUUCUCCUCAGUAUCCUACUCUUCUCCCUACCCCACAAAUGUUCCUCCUGUAUCUUCACCAUACUACUCACCACGCCCUAUCCCUGCUCCUCUUCCCAUACAACCAAUGCAAAAUGUACCCUGCAUGCUAGGAGCAGGCACACCUGUGUCCACCCCUCUGAAUGUUCCUACCCCUAUACCUCUCCUGGCUAUGGCCCUGUCCCCACCCAUGCUUUCUCCCAAAGAACAUCCGCAGCAGAUGUACUCCCCAGUUCCACCACCAGAAGGUGCCCUUUUCCAAUCUCAACCGCAACCAACACAGCCCUCCCUUCCCCUCCCUAAUCCAGCCUCCCUCCGUCAGCAAGACCCAUCUAUUCCUGAACCUUUUACAGAGGAGUACCCUCUGCAUGAGGAACUACAGAUCCUGGCCCCAGCUCACACCAUUAUGUCGCAGAUCCAGUCUCCCCCACAGGACAGGCAAUCAGACCCAAAGUUUACCCCUGCGCAAGCCCUGCCUGAGACUGCGGAGCCUCCUCUACAGUCUGCUGGCAUACAGACAAGAUAUGCUGUUCCUGAGAGUACUGGAAUGGCCAGUACAAUUCAGCAAAUGGCAGACACUGCUUCAAUGCCUAUUCCUCCUGCACCAGAGCCCAGCCCAUUUCAACCCAGCACUGAGGCACCUGUAUCUAUUCCAUUCCAUAGUUAUGUAUGUGACAGCCUGUACCAAGAUGCAGGAUCUGGUAAAGAAAUGAGUGACAGCUAUGAAGGAUCCAUUGGUGGAGGAAAGGGUGAUGGCAAACCUAGAAAGCACCACCGCAAAUCGAGUCGCACGCGCUCACGCCAGGAAAAAAUUAACAAGCCAAAGCUAAGCAUGCUCAAUGUUAGUAAUACAGGUGACAAGAUGGUGGAAUGCCAGCUGGAGACGCACAAUCAUAAAAUGGUGACUUUCAAAUUUGACCUAGAUGGAGAUGCACCUGAAGAAAUAGCCACUUACAUGGUGGAAAAUGGUUUCAUUCUACCAAUAGAAAAGGAAAUUUUUAUAGAUCAACUUAAAGACAUUGUCGACAAGGCAGAGGACAUUCUAAGCGAGGACAUGGAUGGACAGAAGAAAUCAGAACCUGGGACAAGUCAUUUGCAAGGACAAACUCCUAGAGAUCAAGGGGCAGAGGGGGAAAAGGGACUGCAACCUGAGGCCCCCCAGCUAGUUUAUCAGCAAAAUGUUCUACACACGGGUAAGCGGUGGUUCAUCAUCUGCCCUGUGGAAGAGGCUCCUAUUGCCAGUAAGGAUGUAUCCUCAGAUGGAGUUCCAUCUACACAAUCUCCAUCCACAACAACAAUAACUGAUGGGAGAGCUCAGCCUGGUGAGAGUGCACCAGCACAGCCACCAGAACCCAGCACAAGAUCUGCCUCUGUAUCACUGGAUUCAGAAACCUGUGCCACAGCACCUCCAUCUGGAGGAAGUGAUCCCUAUGGGGUCUGGAGCCCCCUCUCUAUGACCACUACUGAUCCUCUUUCUUUGGCUGCUCUUUCCCAAGCUUCCCCUGGCCCACAAGCCACUUCAAUGCCAGUGCAGCCUGCUUCCCAUCCAGAGGAGGGGCCACAGUUGGGCUCAGUCUGUGUACAACAAUCCCAGCCGUGCAUGGAUCCUCAAAGCUCUCUUUUUGUGGAUGAGACCCAGAAUGGCAGAUUAGGCGCAGUUUCCCCCAUGCACACUGCUCAGCAGAUGGCUGAAAUUGCAUGUGCUGUCUUCAUGGUGGAGGAUGUGCCUUGCUGUCCCUUGGUCAUGCCGCUGUCCCUUGAAGUGGGCAGUGGGGCUCAAAAGUCAUCCUCUGUGAUACCACAACCAUCACAAGACACCACGUCUGCUCGGGAACAACUCCACUCAAUUACAUCUGGUCAUGUGGAACGUACCCAGCAGCCUGUGGUACUUCAGCAGCCUGUGUCAAAUGUGAGUGGAACUAAGGCACCUUCCCUGCCUCAAAGCCCUGCUCCUUCACAACACCACUUUGUCCCUUGUGAAUCAGAUGGAGAGGGGCGUACCAGAGGAGGGUUUGUAGACAGCACUAUCAAAACUCUGGAUGAGAAACUGAGGAAUUUACUGUAUCAAGAGUAUGCUCCCAUGUACCCAUCGGGAAGUGCUGCUGAAACUCCAGGAUCUGGCACGGAGUAUAUCCAGUCACCGCCUGGACCAGAGAGUGCAGUGGGAGGGUCAGGAACCAGCACACCUAGUCUUAUGGGAGAGGGACGAUUCAGAGCAGGAGAGCAGUUGCCACAGAUUCCAGAGCGUGUAGACAGUUUAAGUGCUCUCAGCGACUCUGCGGUUGCAGUCACUGUGCCCAGGAGACCUGUGAUGCCACACUCUACCUCUUGUUCUGGAUCUAGAAGUCGAUAUAAGAUGGUGCCUAGCUCCGCUGAUAUCCUGUCAGGUCAAUGCCGAAAGCAGCGUAGCCUGAGCAGCACAGCUUCUCCAACACACCCUGGUGGUUUUUUGGGAGAAUGUCCCAUGUAUAAAGAGCCAACUGUUUCAGCUACUACUGUUGGCAGGUUCUCAGUAGUCAGCACAGAAGACGAGGUCACACGCAGGAAGCUCAGCAGCAGAUAUUCCGCCCCACCUGACUUUUAUCUGGACGCCCCACCUCCUCUGACCAAACGAGGCUCGCUGCCAAGGGCACAGACCUCAGUCUCAGCAGACGUCACCGUUCAGACCCAUUUCAUGUCUUCUGACUCUGGGGCUGAGAGCAGCCCUACCAAAAUGGCACCCACAACCCCAUCCCGUCAUGGUAGGACUGAAAGGAGAGGAAGUGACCUCAUGAAAAGAGCAGUGGCUUUUCUGAGGCGCUCCGGUCGCAGUAGUAGUGUGCAAAGCUCUGAUUCGCCAAGCAGAAAAGGAGGGGUGUACGGAUCCUAUGUCAGCAGCGACAAUGACUCAGAGAUGGAGGACUCCGAUAUAAAGGAGCUUCAAAGACUAAGAGAAAAGCAUAUGAAGGAAAUAACCGAAUUGGAGGCCCACCACCGAGAAGAGAUUGAGCUUCUCUACAUCAGAUUAGGGAAACCACCUCCUCCAGGUCUUUAUAUUCCACCCACAGUGUUCCCAGCUGGACGCAAGCGCAGGACCAGCAAACACAAACUAAAACCUGGCAAACUGCUCAGUCCUCUAGUACAACAGCUCAGAAAUGUUGCCUCCAAAACUAGUGACAGCAGCAAACCUAAUGAUUUAACCAAAUCAGCUGAGGCUGCCCCAAGCUUGAAUGGGUCUCCAGCCAGGGCUUCCAACUUGUCUGAUGGCAAGGCUUAUUCUGGGGCAGGGACUCUUCCUUGUUCUGUGUCUGUUCCGGUUCAGACCCAACAGCCCUGCUCUCUCAAAGGAUCUCUCUCCUCCGACAAUAUCUACUAUGGUCUCCAGGGAGAAGGACCUGUGCCAUGCCGCCAGCCCGGCCAAGGCUGGCCUCCUUCUCCCCAGGCAUCUGCGCAGGUCACCUAUAAAUCCAGUAGUAAACCACGCGCUAGAAUCUUCAGUGGGCCUAUUUCUCUGUCCAUCUGGUCAACACUUAAACGCCUGUGUCUGGGUAAAGAACGUGGCAGCAGAUCUGGAACACCAUCUGCUGCCUCAAAUCAGUCCCCAAUGCCUCCUGGAUCCACUCCACCUCCUCACCAGCCAACUGGUCUCGCCCAAGCACAGACUAACAACAGCAACAACAAGAGAGAUGCUUUCACACAGCAGCUUCAUAGACUAGUGGAUAACUGGGCAGAAGGGGUGAGGACUCCUUCACGAUCAUGCUCACGCUCAUGCUCCCUCAAUCUAAGACCACAGCAACUAACCAGAUCCAGGAUCUGGAGCGCUAUAGAGGCUCCAGGUACAAUAGAAAGACUGAAUGCUUCCCAGUUGCCUCUUUCAUGGCCACAGAUUGAUUUCCAUGCCUCUGCAAUGGCGACUGACCCUUCACAAGUACUCCAGCGCAGUUUUAUGGUGCCUGGUGGUAACCCUUACAGAAAGAUGCUAACUGCUCUACACUUAGACAUGGACCACUGGCCGCCAAUGACUGCCAGUCAUAACCAAGAAGUCUUUGCUUUCUCUGUUGUGCGCUCUCCCUCAUGGACAGCACCUUCUUCCCCCAGUGAGGUUCCAAGUUCUAGAAAUAGGACCAUGUAGCUUAACCAUCACUGUACUUACAAUUCUUACUCUGUCGCCAAAAAUACUUUAGUUUCUUUAGAGUGCUGGUUAGGCCUAUCAGUGUGCAAUUCUGUUGCAAAUCUGUUGCAGUCUGCUAGCAUGUAGUUGCUUACAAUGUGGUAAUCCUACACGAACAUGUAAAUAUACAGUCCAACAACGUAGGCAUAUCAUGUAGGCAGUUUACAUUCAGUAUUAUUGUACAUAUUCAUAUAGCCUAUGUAGAAUAACUAAAUUUUAGCAUAAGCAUAUGUACAGAAUGUAUAUUUUUCAUCAAAACCUAUUUAGCUUGCUUGUUUUUGUGCAGAAUCAACUUCCUUUACACCUUGAGCUGUACACAUAUGUAAAUGCUAUAAGGUACAAUAAUAUGCCCUUAAAUUUGUGUAGAUGUGUAUAGACACUGUUUAUACUUCUGUAAAUAUUAGCUUUGUCUGCAUAUGAGCAUAAACUGGACAAAGUGAAUGAAA